AUCGGAAGGCUUGUUCACCGGAUAAAGCGUGCCUUUGGGUGGACUUCUGAUAAAGAGUUGGAACAAUAAGCUGACCGUGUACACCGAAUUCAAGGUAUGUAGUUGUUGACGGGGGUUAUGUGACCGUUUGGCAGAUUUCCAAGGCCCAUGUCCACGUUGGCACUGCUCGUCGCCACUUUCGUUUUGGCUCGUAUAAGAAGCAGAUGCGCAGGGCUCUCACUGUCUGUCAAGCGACUACGGCGAGAUGAGUCCCCGGUUCAUCAGCUGUUCGUACAAUGGCGUGCGCUUUUGAUGUUUCUUUUUUCUCUUUCUGGAUUGGCAAAGCAACCGACUCUAGCUACACUCUCAGCAUCAUCAUCAUGAGCGCCCAAGCUGCCGUCGUCAUUCUCCAGUCCAUCAACGAGUUCACUGUGGACUCGACCAGCGC